AUGGAUCCAGCUCCGCUCCCGGGUCCGUCAUUGGACGCGCCCCGCAAUCCCGUUAUGGAGGAUUUCGCAGCGAAAUUGGAUGUGGAUCCCGACUUGCUGGCCAAAUUUGUGACGGCAAUGAAGCUGAUGAAUGGGGAGACCGCCCAUAUCAACGUGAGUCCGGGGAAAUCCACCCAGCAUCGCAAAGCCAGUCGGAAAUCCGAUGCAAAAGCGGCGGUUGAGCCAGAGACACAGGAGCUAGUGAACAAGGCACAUGCUCUGAUGCGCGAAAUGACUUACGCCAGAUUCGGAGUCAAACAAGCGACAGAUUUUAUCUUCCAUAUCCCCGCUACGGAAGAAGAAGUCGAAGAAUUUGCUCAGGAUGAUGAAGCCGCAUUCCAGAGAUAUCAGUUUGACUUCGGCGUGGACUACAAGUCCUCCGCAUGGAAUGCUGCGGUAAUGGAGAGACUUGUUGCUGACGUUGUUAGGGAGGACUUGCUCAAUAUGCGAUAUAUCCAGAAAGAACUCAUAUCGCCAGAGUACCUUGGAUACAUCCUGGCAGAACAGCUCGUGCGCUACCGCGCGGACUGGAAGCAAUUUCAGCCCAAGUGGGAUGAGGAGAAGGGACGUAUGGAGACGGAGGCAGAAGCGGUUGCUCGUGGCAAGAUCGUCUUAUUCAAUCGACGAGUCUCGUCCCGAACCGUCAAUGGUCAGCACAUGAAAUUCAACCAUCGCCGCAACACAGUGACAGCAACAAUCGCACUGAAGGAGUCCGAAGGUGCGGACGAUCUUGCAACAUGGGAGAGAUUGCUGGAGAUACUGGAUCUCCUUGGGGCGGGCGGAAUGUCCGAGGAGGAAGAAUUCAAUUCGCUCGACAAUGGCGCCAAGGUCAGAAAGUACAUCGUCAAACUUUGCGUCUGGCGCGAACCACUCAUUGUGGACUACAUGAGCAUCAUCGACAAGCAGACUAGUCGCUUCCAGGCUCUCCAUAACGGCACCAAGCCGGCCCCUCGUGUACGAGUCGAGACGCCAGGCAAGAGAUAUGCGCCUAAGGGGCUCCCGGCAUGCUUGUACAACUCUGAGUGGAUGGCCUCGCUUUCCUUAUUGGAGUUGAAGGAGUUGAAGAUUUCCAAGAAGGUAUUCGCUUUGUUCGUUGCAGCAACUAGUAGAAUGGCAUAG